UCGCUUAUCUUCAGUUGGCCGCUUGGGCACGGGGCAUGUGGCGAGCAUGCCCUCAAGCAAGCACAGCACAUACGCACGGAAUUUCAGUAAAUAAAGAUACUACUUAUUCGUGGAGAAAAUAUUCUUCAAUAGAACGAAGGAAUGGAGUUCCCUGUGGAUGGCCUGGCCAGCGUGACCCAAGAGGUCCUGGAGAGAUCAGCCCAGGACUACAUGAACAGCAUCCUCCACAGCAAUCCAGACUCACCUGCACAUCUCACCCUCGCCAACAACACACAGGUGCCCAUUGGGCUUUCCAAUGUGGGUUUCGUCCCUCUGUAUGGAGUCAACCUGAGACAGAAAGUCCUCGCCCUGUUCUCCCCACAGGACCAGUUUACAGCGGUGGGGCUGUACUUGUUGGAUCGAUGGUGGUCACUGGAGGACAUCCUAAAAACAGCAGACCCUGCCAGAGAUGGAUGUGUGGAGGUGGAAACUCUAGGGGAGAGGAUAGUCCUAUACAUUUUGAAUCGUGUGGUGUACAGAGCUAUGGAAAUGAGUUCAGACGAACUACCUUUCCUCUGCCACGGGGAGAGCGACAACGCCAAGAUCCUCUGGAAAGACGGACAGGCAGUCGGCUUCUACUCAGUGAAACCUUCAGGCAGCUUGUGCAGUACCUUCUUAACCCAGUGCUAUCAGCUUCCUAUCAUGGACUCCAUAUUCGUCAGGAAGUGUCACCGUGACAACGGCCUGGGCCUUCAAAUGCUGGAGAACUUUGUUGAAUGUUUCAAAGAGGACUGCCUUGGGUUGAGAUACCCCCUUUCAAAAGUUAUGUACAAAGUGUGUGGGAAGUACCUGAGCCUGUACCCGGCCGACAGAGACCUGCUGUGGGAGGUGGAGAGUGUUGGAAGACCCAGCCAGAGGACUAACAUAGCCAACAAGAUCCAGGCUAUGGGUCUGAGCUCCUUAUCUAAGUACCUCCCCUUUACGGAGCACUCUGUGGCGAACCGUGUGGGGGCUGAAAAUGAGGGGGUAAUGGAGAAUGUGACAUCACGCAUACAGGAAGCCAUGGAGUACACUGUUGAAAUUGUGGAGGACGUUACACUGGUCAAAGUGACAAAAGAGAAGGAAGAAACGCCGGUUACAUCUAGAGGCAGGAGCAGUGGCCAGAAAUUCAAGAAUAUCUCGGAGGAAAGCAUAUCAGAGAAAGUUAGCAGGUUUGAGGACAUUGAAGCAGAGGUGGAUACCCCAAAAGAGAAUCCAGUUUCAGAGCAUCAGCAAGAGAAUGAAAAAGUUGUUGCUGUAGCUGAAUGCGACGAAGAGGAGUUAGCUGAGGAUGUCGUUGACAUAGCCACAGAGGACAUAGCAAUUGAGCUUGAUAAUGUGUCCUCUGAGAUUGAGGAGGAGGAGGAGAGGGAGGAGGUUCCAAAGGAGGUGGCAGGAACCAAUGAAGACAAAGAAGAGAACAAAGAAGAAACAGCCGAAGAAUCCUCGAAGGAGGGGAAAAAAAGAAGAGGCAGACCAAGAUCCACUCGUCUCACGAAACCUGUUGAGGCUGAGGAGGAGAGAGUGGAAGAGGAGCAGCCAGUAGUUGAGGAACCUGCUGAGGAAGAGGAGAAUAACUCACCAGCUGAGGAGGAAGAGGCAGCUCCAGUGGUAGAAACAAGAGUCUUGAGGAGAGGAAGAAAAAACGUUCCACCUACCCUAACACCAAAAUGCAAGUCCACAAGAAGAGGCAAACUGCCUGAGGAAGAGAAGGCGGAAGAGCCAGAGGAGAAAGAGGCAGCUGAGGAAGAAGAGGCACCAGUAGUGGAAGCAAUAACCGAGGAAGAGGAAAAAUUGGAGGAAGAGAAGAAAGAGGUGGAAGCAGAAGAAGAAGACGAAGAAACGGUAGAAAAACUAGCAGAGGUAGUUGAAGAGGCAGAAAAAGUGGAGGGGGAGGCAACAGCAGUGGAUAAUGUAGCAGAUGAACCAGUAGAAAAACCAGUUGAGGAAGAAGAGAAGACCACACCACCUGAGGAGAAAGAGGAGGCUCCAGUUGUAGAAACAAGAGUCCUGAGAAGAGGAAGAAAAAGUGUUCUAGUUACUACACCAAAAUGCAAGGCCACACGAAAAGGCAAACAACCUGCGAAAGUGGAGGCGCCAGAUGAAGAGUCAGCUGAGGAAGAAGAGGCACCAGUAGUAGAAGCCAGAGUUUUGAAGAAAGGAAGAAAAUCUACCCCUGCCAAACCCAGGUGCAAAUCCAAACAACGCCACAAACAACCCGAGGAAGAGGUAGAGGAGGUGGCUGAACCUGUGUUGGAUUCUGUGGAUAAAAUGGUAGAGAGAGAAAAAGAAGUAGAGGAAACAGCAGCAAUAGAGAAGGGAGACAAAGUGGAGCAAGAUAAACCAGUGGAGAAGGAAAUGGCAGAGGAGAAGGUAGCUGUAAUAGUGGAAGAAAAAAUGGUGGAGGAAGAAGAGGAAACUGAAACGGCACCAGUGGGAGAGGAGAGUGUUCCAGAAGAAAAGGUGGAGGAGGGAGCAACAACUGGGGAAGAGGAAAAUGUGGAGGAAGAGAAGGAGAAAACCGAAGCUGAACCUGAAUCAACGGAAGAGGAGAGUGCUGCAGAAGAAAAGGUGAAGGAGGUAGCAACAACUGAGGAAGAGGGGGAAGCGGAGAUAAUGGAGGAAGAACAAAUAGAGGAAGCUGAAGCUGCAGUUUCAGCUGAAACUCUUACUGUGGAAGAAAAGGUGGAGGAGGAAGCAAAAACCAUAGAGGAGGAAAAGGUGGAGGAAGCAACAACUGAGGAAGAGGUAAAAGUGGACGAAGAGAAGAAAGAGGAAACAGUUAUAGUAAAACUAGCAGAGGAAGUUGCUAUGGUAGAAGAGGCAGAAAACGUGAAGGAGAAAGAAGAGGCUAGAGAAGUGGAAUUUGUUGCAAAUGAAGUGGUAGAAAAUCCAGUUGAAGAAAAUAACACCUCACCAUCUGAGGAAGAGGAGACCUCACCACCUGAAGAAGAUGCUCCAGUUGUAGAAACAAGAGUCCUUGGGAGAGGAAUAAAAAGGGUUCCUGCUGCUCUGACUCUGAAACGUAGGUCCACAAGAAAAGAUAAACAGCCUGAGGAAGAGAAGCUGGAGGAGCCAGAGGAGGAAGAGGAAGCUGAGGAAGAGAAGACCCCAUUAGAGGAAACCAGAAUCCUGAGGGUAGGAGGAAAAUCAGCCCCUGCAACUGCCACACCCAGACGCAAAUCCACACGAGCCCGCAAAGAACCUGAGGAAGAGGUGGUGGAGGCAGCUGAACCUGUGGCAGAAGCGGUGCAAGAAGAAAAAGCUGUGGAGGAGAAAAAAGAAGAGGAAGAAAAGGACGAGGAAGCUGAAACUGCACCAGUGGAAGAGGAGAGUGCUGCAGAAGAAAAGGUGGAAGCAGAAAAAGCAGAGGAAGAGGAAGGAACAAAUCAGGAAGAGGAAAAUGUGGAGGAAGAGAAGAAAGCACAAAUAGCGGAGGAAAAGGAGAAAGGGGAAGCUGCUGCUGAAGCUACAACUGUGGAGGAAGAGAGUGUUGCAGAGGAAAGGGUGGAGUAUGAAGCAGGUAUAAUAGAGGAAGAAGAUAUUGUGGAGGAAGAAAAGGAGUCAGCAGAUGAAGAAAAUAUUGAGGAAGCUACAGCUGUGGAAGAAAGAGUGGAGGCGGAAGCAAAACACGCAGAUAAAGAAAAUGUGGAAGAAGCAAUAACUGAGGAAGAGGAAAAAGUGGAGGAAGAGAAGAAAGAGGCAGAAAAAGAAAUGGGAGAAAAACUAGCAGAGGUAAUUGAAGAGGCAGAAAAAAUGGAGAGGGAGGCAACAGUUGAGGAAGAAGAGAGAACCACAGAACCUCAGGAGGAAGAGGAGACCCCAGUUGUAGAAACAAGAGUCCUGAGAAGAGGAAGAAAAAGUGUUCCAGUUACUCCACCAAAAUGCCAGUCCACACGAAAAGGCAAACAACCCGAGGAAAAUGAGAAAGUGGAGGCACCAGAUGAGGAAGAGGCAGCUGAGGAAGAAGAGGCAACAGUAGUGGAAGCCAGAGUUUUGAGGAAAGGAAGAAAAUCGGCCCCUGCCAAACCCAGAUGCAUAUCCAAACAAGGCAGCAAACAACCUGAGGAAGAGGUGGAGGAGGAAAAGGUAGAGGAGGUUGCUGAACCUAUGCUGGAUUAUGUAAAGAAAAGGGAGGAGAAAGAAAAACCUGUGGAGGAAACAGCAGCAAUAGAGGAGGAAGAAAAAGUGGAGCAAGAAAAACCAGUGGAGAAGGAAAUGGCAGAGGAAGCAACUGAAAUAAUGGAAGACGAAAUGGUAGAUGAAGAGGAAGAGGAAGCUGAAUUUGCAGCUGAACCUGAAUCAGUGAAAGAGGAUAGUGUUGCAGAAGAAAGGGGGGAGGAGGUAGCAACAACCGAGGAAGAGGAAAAGAUGAAGGAAGAGAAAGAAACAGAGAUAGUGGAAGAGGAAAAAAUUGAGGAAACUGAAGCUGCAGUUGCAGCUGAAACUAUUACUGUGGAAGAAAAGGUGGAAGAGGAAGCAAAAAACAUAGAGCAAGAAAAGGUGGAUGAAGCAACAACUGAAGAGGAAAAAGUGGAUGAAGAGAAGAAAGAGGAAACAGUUUUUGAAAUAGCUAUAGAAAAACUAGCAGAGGAAGUUGCUAUGAUACGAGAGGCAGAAAAAGCGGAGGAAGAAGAGGCACGAGUAGUGGAAUGUGUUGCAGAUGAAGUGGUAGAAAAGCCAUUUGAGGAAGAGAAGAAGACGUCACCACCAGAGGAGAAGGAGGAAGCGGAGCCUCCAGUUGUAGAAACAAGAGUCCUGAGGAGAGGAAGAAAAAGUGUUCAUGCUACUCCGACUCCAAAACGCAAGUCCACACGAAGAGGCAAACAACCCGAUGAAGUAGAAAAGGAGGAUGAGCCAGAAGAGGAAAAUGGAUAUAAAAAAGAGCCACCAGUAGUGGAAGCCAGAGUUCAGAGUAGAGAAAGAAAAUCUGCCCCGACACCCAGACACAAAUCAAAACGAGCCCGCAAAGAACCUGGGGAGGAAGAAAAGGUAGAAGAGACAGCUGAACCUGUGCCUGAAGCUGUAGAGGAAAAGGUGGAGGAGGAAAAGGUAAAUGAAGCUGCAGCUGAAACUGCUACUGUGGAAGAAAAGGUUGAGGAGGCAGAAGCGAUAGAGGAAGAACAUGUGGAGGAAGCAACAACUGAGGAAGAGGAAAAGGUAGAGGAGGAGAAGGAAGCAGAAGCUGCACCUGAAACUUCACCAGUGAAAGACGAGACAGUGGCAAAAGAAAAGAUUGAGGAGGAAAUUAAAUCUGUAGAGGAAGAAAAGGUUGAAGCAACAGUUGAGGAAGAAGAAACAGUGGAAGAAGCAACAACUGAGGUGACUGUGGUAGAAGAGUCAGAAAAAGUGGAGGAGGCAACAGAGGUGGAAAGUGUAGCAGAGGAAGUAGUGGAAAAGCCGGUUGAGGAUGAGGAGAAAGCCUUACCACCCGAGGAAGAAGAGGAUAAAGUUGUAGAAACAAGAUCCCCGAGGAGAGGAAGAAAAAGCGUUUCUGUUACUCCUCCAAAACGCAAGUCCACGCGAAGAGGCAAAGAAGCCGAGGAAGAGGAGAAGACAGGAAAGGUUGAAGAGAUGGAUGAAUUUGUGCAGGAAGCUGUGGAGGAAAAUGUGGAGGAGGAGGAAGAAGAGGCACUGGUAGUAGGAGCCAACAUUCUGAGGAGAGGAAGAAAAUCUGCUCCUGCCACACCCAGAUGCAACUCCAAACAAGCUUGCAAAGAACCUGAGGAAGAGGAAGUAAAGGGGGUUGAAAAGAUGGAGGAGGCAGCUGAACCUGUGCCAGAAGCUGUGGAGGAAGGAAAAGCAGUGGAGGAGGAAAUGGUGGAACAGAAUAAGAUGGAGGCAGAUGUUGCGAUGGUAGAGGACGAAGGAAACACAGACAGUGGUGCUCCUGAGGCAAAAGAAGAAGCAAUCACACAUCAGCCAGAGGAGGUUAUGGCAGAGCAAACCAAUGAGAAGGAAGAAGAGGAGAACACAGAGGAGAAAACUACAGAAACAUCAAAAGAGGCAGCUGAAGUAGAAACAGCUGAAGCGGUAGAUGAGGUGGAAGAAGAGGUUGAUAAGGUAAUGGCAGAAGAGGCAAGCGUAGUAGAAGAGGAGGAAGUGGCCUCAGUGGCUGAGGGUGGUGUCAAGCCUGAGGAAAAUGGAACAGAGAAGGAAGAAGAAACUAUUGAGGAGAAUGGUAUGGAAAAUGUAGAGAGCGGUGAGACAGAGGCAGAGAAUGGAGUCGCGGUCAAGGUGGACAACCUUAAUUUACAGUUGGCAGAAGACGAUGAGGAGGAGGAGAAAGAGGAGGGGGAGAAGAUGGAGGUAGAGGAAAAGAGAGCUGCUCCAACUCAGAAGGAAGAGCUGAAGAGCUCUGCGGAAGAGGAGGCUCCAGUGGUUUUAACGAGAGUUCUGAGAGUGAGGUUAACUGCCACACCCACAACCACACCCAAUUCCAAGGCCACGCCCCAGCGUAAAUCCACAAGACACAGCAAAAUAGUAACACCUGAGAAGUUCGAUCCUGAGGUGGUCGUGCUUUCAUCAGAUCAAGAGCAGGAAGAAAGCCUUGUAGAAAAGAGACAUCUACGUAAGAGAAAAAGCACAGGGCCAACACAUGUUCACAGAUCCAAGUGCCACAGCAGAACUUAGGCUGUGAAGACAGGUGUUUUUGUUCUCCUCUUUAAAUAUACAGCUAUAGAGGAAAGAUUUCACAUGGGACCAGAUCAUUUCCUUUUAUCUAUUUGUCAGAAGAAGAAAAAAAUUGCAUUUAUUCUCUCAAAAUACUACAGGUUGUAUUUCAGCAUACCAUAAUUCCAAACGGUGUCCCCUCAAGUAUAACUCAACAACUCUAUAAAUAAAUACAUAUAUUUUUUACGUAUGAAUUUAGUUACACUUAUUGUCAUUAAGAGACAUCUGAUUUUGUUAGUCAGUCUCACUCAGAAAUAAUAUUAAAACCUGCAAACAUUUCUCUCCACCCUAUGGAAAAAUGUGUAUAAUUGCAGGAAAUUAGUUAUAAAAAUGCUCAAUAUUUUAUCUGUCGAAUUGCAAAAUCUGUAGAAUUGCAGCAAACUUGUUUUAAAACGGCAACAUUUUCUCUACACCCAUGGCAAAAUGUGUAGAAUUGCUCUAAAUUAACUGAAUUACGUAUGCACGAAUGGGUACGCAGACCCAUGAGCAACUGCGGCACCUUAUUAGUUCAGAUUUUUUGUGGCCCCCACCCUCAUCAAAGUUACCCAUCUCUGAUAUAAAUGCUAUUACAUUAAAUGUGUAAUAUGUUCUUAAAUGUGUAAUAUGACACAAAUAUGAUCAUUUGUGUGUUUCAAAAGUGUAAAAUAUGUCCUAUUUUAUUAGGGAAUAAUGCAUUAAGCAAGUUUUAUUUUUAUUUUACUGCACAUUUGAGUGACAUUUCUCUUUGACAUUUUUUAUGGUUUCAUUUUUACCCAAUUACAAAUGUUUUCAGCGGAACUGUCACGCUCUGACCAAAGUAAGCUGUUUUUCUCAGUGUUGGUUGGGGCAUGAUAGUGACUAGGGUGGGUCAUCUAGGUGUUUGUAUGUCUAUUUUGGCCUGAGAUGGUACCCAAUAAGAGACAGCUGUUUAUCGUUGUCUCUGAUUGGGGAUCAUAUUUAGGUAGCCAUUUCCCCAUUGUUAGUUGUGGGAUCUUGACUAUGUGUAGUUGUCUUGUCAGCACUAUUGUAUAGCGUCACCUUUUGCUUGUUAUUUUGUUUGUUUGUUCGGUGUUCAAUUCUUUUAAUAAAGAGAAUGCACGCUG